CCUUCUUUAGCGUUCAGUUAGCAACAUGAAUUGUGUAAUGAAGAAAGGUGACGUUCGUUUCGCGGAACCUUCGUUUUGAAACCUACUCGCGCCGCCCGGAUUGUUGUUAAUGUUGCAACACGGACUGUCAAACCCAGGAGAGUUGCCUAGCAGAUGGCUCAGGAUGGCAAGGUCCUGGCACUGGGGGUUCUGGCUGGUGCAGCAGGGAUCAGCUUGGCAGCGUUUUGGUACCAGAGGCGGAAAGCCAUGGUGGGGGCAGCAGGGACAAGUACCUAUUAUCUUUCAGGCAGCAGAAACUCGGACCAGCUUGGCGGUGGUGUGGCAUUGCAUGCGAGCCAGACAGAGGUGCUGGAUCACCUUGGAGCUCUGAUUCAGUGUGUGUCAGAGCUGAAAGAGGAGGUGAAGGCCCUGAAGAAUGCUCUUCCACACCUGCAGGACCACAUCAGAGAUGAGUUAACAGGGCGGAGUCAUAGGACAAGUCCACUGAAUAGAAGCACACCUACAAGGAGGAAGAGAACGAGCGCUGUGUCCAGAGCACAGGUGCAAAGCUCAGAGGAAGCAGAAAGUGAAGGAGGAUAUAUCACGGCACUGACUGACACUGAAGACGAAGGUGAGAGUGAAGAGGAUCGCAAAGGUGUAGAGCCGCCGGAUGAGCUAACGGUUCUGUUACAUAGAGCGGAUGGGCUGCAUGUGCGUAACGGAGCUGAAAAGAAAGAAGGCUUGUCUGCUCUUCUUGAGAAGAAAGAAGAGUAUGAACAGAAGUGGCAGUACCUAUGGCGCUUAACAAGAGCCUAUGCUGAUGCUCAUGACCUGGCUGGAGACCUUCAAGAGAAGAAGAUAUAUGCUGAAACAGGAAAGCAAAUCGGAGAACUAGCCAUUUCGCUGAACCCGAUGUGUGCUGAAAGUCAUCAGUGGUAUGCUAUUCUAUGUGGACUUCUAUCAGAAUACGAAUCUAUCCAGAAUAAGAUAAAGAAUGGUUAUCUCUUCAAGGACCAUUUGGAUAAAGCCAUUGAGCUGAAGCCAAAGGAUCCACUGUCUUAUUAUCUGCUGGGCCGCUGGUGCUAUGCUGUGGCCCAGUGUACAUGGAUUGAGAGGAAAAUUGCUGCUACAUUGUUUGGAGAGCCUCCGAAUGCAACAGUCCACGAUGCCCUGCAUAACUUUCUCAAGGCAGAGGAGAUCUGUCCAAGAUACUCUAAAUUCAACUAUGUGUUUUUAGCAAAGUGCUAUAAAGACCUGGGCCAGAAGAACCAAGCCAAGAUGAUGUGUGACGCUGCAUCGGAUAUGCAAAUAAUAACUAGAGACGACGAGGAAGCACAAAAGGAGCUGGACUCUCUUCUUUUGUCUCUUUAAUCAGAAACAGAAUCAAAACACUCUUCAUGUCUUCUCUACAUUUAGGCCACAGUUGUGGUGAUGGGCUCAAGUUGUGACCGUAUGACUGUUAUUUUGACUCUGACUUAAAAUUUUCUGCUGAAUGUAAAUGACUAUUACUAUUAAAGACAACUAAACUUUGACCAGCAAUAAGCUGCAUCACGACAUAUGGCACAAACUAUGAGGCAGCAUGUCAUGCUUUAAUCUGUCACAGAUCAAGUUUCACUUCUCCCAUCUUUGCUGACUGGAGAUGAAUGGGCGAUAAUCUGGAGCACAAUAUGUUACCUCAUAGUUGUGGCAUAUGCCAAUUUACUGCGAAAAGUCAUGAAAAGCACCCAUAUACACUAGUAGCACACAAAUAAUGAAUUCUUUAUCUAACCAUCCCAGAAGUGUAAGAGCUUUCCUCUGUUCUUGACAUCAUGACCAGUGUUCAUUGCAAUCCAAUCCAUUACAUUACAUGUUGUUUUGCACAUUUUCUCCUCUUUCUUGUCUAUUUUCAGUACAUUGUGUUCUCAUAUUUGUUCUUUGGAAAAAACAUACAUUUAGUAUAUAUAUAUAUUUUGGAGGGGAUGGAGGGCAUAUACUGUAUUAAACCUGAUUAGUGGAUUUUUGUAAUUGUUAUUGUUUUACAUCUUUCUUGAGUGUGAAAUCUGGAAUAUUAAUGAAAUGCUUCUGACCUCGAUUUAGAGAUUCUUUGUACCUACAGUAAAUAUGAGAGAUGUCAUAUGCUCCCACUUCUUAGUAUAGGCAGUAUGAUAAAACUAUAAAUCUAAUCCUGAAUUUGUUAAUGUAGGGUAAUGUAAUUCCAAUCAUGUAUACCUAGGUCUAAUUAAAACUAGCUGUAUUUACAGCUAGUCUAUUCCUCUAAAAGAAUGGAUGAAAAAGAAUGCAACCCUCUGUCAAAAACAUAAGUGUAUAAUGGAUGUUAAACUGGAUGUUUAAAUAUAUUGUUUAAAUUUUG